AUUCAAUCAUCAUCUGUAUAUCUGUACAGAGUAUGAUUUUUGCGAAUUGACAGACAUCUCCGACAUCAAGUUGAGGCGAUGGAGACGCAGGACAGCAUCGACAUCGCCAAGCUACAACGCGUCGCGUUGGGGCUAGAGCACGACCCAUCCCAGUCAUUCUUUUCCGGGCCGGCAAGAAUUACCAGCGCUUCACCGGAGCAGCCCAACUUCUCUGAUAACCGUCCUUCUCGUCAUACUCAUGGUGGUGCGUCACCAACAGCCACAAGAAUAUCAUCGACCUCCUCAUCGGAUCCCGCCAGCUCUACCCUCAAACAAUUUUCUCCCUCGUCGAUACCUCGGCAACAUGCAUCGGACCCCGUGAAGACCUCCAAGCCUAUCACUGAACGGAGCCAAACGAACAACGUCCCUUCGACACCCUUUGAUAAGAUGGAUUCCGCUGAGGCUGCCCCUGGGGACACCCAGGUGGUGUCACAGUCGGUGUACGAUAGCAUCAUUCGGCAGAAUGGAGAAUCGAUGUACCAGGGCCUCUCACAAAAUGGAGCUGAUGGUGCAACACACCGAACAUUGCAUGAGGGAGAUAGUGGGCAUAUUAAUCUCCUUUCCCAGUUUGACACUGCACUACACGAAGGCAACCGGUCCCCGAAUCGUGAUGAUGACAGCAACUACGAUGGCACCGAAUCGUCUCCGAUGGCCUACACUGCCGAGUUUUUUCCAGAGUCCCAGCGCUUCUUGGCCACAACUCCAGGUACUGCGGUGAAGGCGAACCAGACGCCGGGCACAUCCGUGCAAACACCUUCGAUUUCACGCAACCCGCUGGCCGGUGAAAUUGAGUCUAGCGGAGGCAUGUUAGCCCUCAGCCAGCUCUUCAAGGCAACACAGGCCCCUUCAUCCCCAAUAGUACAUACCCAGCAGCUGGAGUUAAUUUCCGACCGCCCCUCCCCGAACCUUCCUAUCCAGCAUCGUCGACUUACGAAUGCCGUCUCAUCGCCCUUGAUCGAACGGCCUCUGCACCUUGACAGGGAGUCAUCCGAGCCGAAUUUGCACUACAUUUCUCUCAAAGAUUCACAGUCGAGGCGUGACAAGUCCUUGGGAGAAAGACUUAGCCGCUCGGCCAACAACAUCGAGACGAGCGAUGAGCUUGACCAUGAGUUUUAUAAAGAGUCGAGUUUUGUGGAGACUGCACGGCGCCAACGUUUAAUUGACGAGGAGACUACCGCCCAAUUUGCUGCUCUCAAUGCUCCUUCUCGAUCCACCAACAAGGUAGCUACCUCACCGAGUCGUCCAACCGAUGGACCACACCUAGACGAGACUGCACACGAGGCCGCGGAAAGUGAAGAAGAGACAGAACAAGAAGAUGAUAUUGGCCCACAAGUACCCCAAUCACAAGAGAUCAUGCAGUCCUCGGAAGAGGACAAGGAGAAUUACAACGGUCCUCCGGUGUGCAUAGAGGCUACCAGUAGCGCACACGAUCGGCUCUCUCAAGCUCUAGCCAUUGAAGAACAUGAACCCAUGGGGGAUCAGAGCGCCACUAUCCCUAGUCCGGACCCAAUGGCUUUUCGUGAAAACAACCCAGAUCUCGGCAGAUCCUCGCAGGUAAUGGUGAAAGAUUCCCAGCAGACGCCCUAUCAAUCUCCAAAGCCGGAUGGGCGAUCAUCCAAACCACCUUCCCAGCGCUACGAUAAUUCUGCCGAUCAAAUGUCUGACGUGGAACAAACUACGCCUGUGCGCUCGUGUCUUCAAUCAUCACCACCCAGUUCUCGAGAGGAGGAAGGUCCUGGGUCCCAACACAAUGAAAACAUGGAAAUGGACACGGAAGUCGUGAUCCAGGCUACUUCCUCGAAUGAGAUCAGACGUGUUCAGUCAAGCAACCCUUCAGAUCGGGAAGCUCCCGGAUCACUUCCCCACGGGACGGAAACGGGACUGGAGACUAAAUCCUCUUCAAUGCCCUCUCGUGUUACAGAGACUCCUGUGCAUCUACGACCACAAAUGAGCGAUAUGGCUCGCAUGACGAGCAUUCCCGAGACCAGUCCCAACCAGACUCGGCCUAACGAAUGGGAGGGCGAAUCCAACGGAGAUGGUCUCAAUAAUGAAGAUGACGAUCUACCUCCCAUGUUCGCCGUUAAGAGCGUCAACCGACGCUCACGACCUGGGCCCUCUCAAACGCAGUCUUCCCCGAUCAAAAUGAUACAGGCACAAGAAGUGCAGUCUCAAAUCCUCUCUAGUCCCAGUGGAAGGCAGCGCCGGGCGUUGACCGCUAUCGCCGCCAGCGCCUCGCCCCAAGUCGACCACAAAGUAGACUGGGGUCUCGAUUUCUUCACAGCCGAGGAUGAGGAAUUUAAUGCUCUUGUUAUUGAUGGGUCCCCCACUCGCCCGAGAAAGAGACGCCGAGGAAAUCUGGGCCAAAGCCUUCGACCGUCAGAUAUUGUUCUUCCAACUACUCCUCGCGCGCAGCCGCCCAAGACAGUAGCUCCCAGUCAACCGCAGUCGAGUGCUGAGAAAAUUCCGCCAAACUCACAGGAAAUGCUGGCAGUUCAGGUUCCAGUCACCAGAAUUGGUAGACAGCUUGAGUUCUCCUCGCAGUCCUCUUCACGCUCCGCUUCGAGACCGGCUGCACGAUCCACUUCACGACCAGCUGCGCGAUCCACUUCACGACCGGCUGCACGAUCCACAUCGCGACCGGCUGCACGAUCUACAUCACGACCGGCUGCACGAUCUACAUCACGGCCUGCCUCGGGAUCUGCUCCACGGCCGACCUCACGAGCCUCGUCUCGACCUGCUUCGCGAGCUUCGUCACGACCUCCUUCUAGGAGGCGCGAAAAUGUCUGGGAAGUCGAGAGUCCGCAGCGGGUUGUUCGCCAGAGGUCCAGGUCUAGACACGGUAGACUGGUGACUUCGCGAGACCCUCCGCCACAGCGUGUUCCUGUCAAAUUCCCAGAUGAGAAGCCGCCUGCACGCCCAGUGGUUGUGCAUAACCCCCAGCCGUCUCUAUCAUCUGAGCUUACCGAUGUUGAGGUACUUUGCGAUAUUUCAAUGCUAUCAACAAGCAAUAUCACCAAGAGUCCUUCAAUUACACCUCAGCCGUACUGCACCGCCCCGGGCCCUGCCUCUGACGACCCGGAGAUUCGUGCACCGAACCAAGUUAUUGCUGUAUGGCAGGGCCAAAAGCGGGCCUAUUACCCUGCGACCUGUUUUGGUGCUCCUAUUGGAGUGUCCCAGGGCAAAUAUUCCGUGCAGUUCGAUGGUAGUCUCCCCGUUGAAGUGAUUAAAGGUGCUGUUAAGCGGCUUGAGCUUCGGGUCGGCGAUGAAGUCAAGGUCGAUAUGCCUGAUUUCCCGAAACUGGCGCAUGUUAUUCGUGGAUUUAGUGAUCGUCUUACUCGGGAAGAGAUUCUUUGUGCUGAAGAAAACGGCAUCUAUCCACAGACUGAUAUAUAUGGGUAUACUGCAUUGAUGCUUGCGUCGAAGCAACGCAAGAGUCUGCCAAAUGGUUCAUUCAAUGCGCCAGAGACCGUGACCAAGGUGCCGAUUUCCCGAAUUUACAUGGACACCAUCUUGUGGAAUCGGUUCAAAGACAGGGAUUUUACGCACAAGCCAGAGACAACGCCACAGGAGAGCACGUUCCGUGCUUCGUCUAUGAGAUCCUCCUUGCCAACAUCUCCGAAUUCUCGCCUUAACCGCGGUAUCUACGAAUCUAGUGGGAUCUUCACCAACAUGGCUUUUGCUGUUUCCUACAAGGAGGAUGAAGUUUCGAAGAACCGGAUCACGAGACUCAUCCGGGACUAUGGUGGUGUGUUGUUGAAUGACGGCUUUACGGAGCUAUUUGAAACCGCCUCCGACGAAACACCCAAGAAGGGCGGUGCGAGCAAUGGAGUAGCAACGAUCAAUAGCCUCUCUCUCAACUCGGACGCAUCGGAGAUUGGGUUCACAUGUUUGAUUGCUGAUACACACUCUCGGCGCGAGAAAUACAUGCAGGCAUUGGCCCUGAACAUUCCGUGUCUGUCUGGUCGUUGGAUUGAAGAUUGUGUUGCUAAAGGUCGCGUCCUUGACUGGGAUAUCUACCUCUUGCCAGCCGGAGAGUCUAAAUACCUCAACGGGGCUACGAGAUCACGAAUGAUGACUCCAACCCCACCCAUGGAGGCUCGCUUGUCGGAUACUAUCUCCUCACGACCAAGAUUACUCGAUGGAAAAUCCGUGCUCAUCGUCAUGGGUCGUGGAAAGGCAGAGGAAAGGCGCAAGGCUUAUGUCUUCCUCACUCUCGCCUUAGCUGCCUCGCGUGUAGAGCGGGUACCGGACCUUGAGACAGCUAAGGCCCUCCUGGACUCCCAGUCUGGAGCUUCCCCCUCGCCUUGCAGCUGGGACUUUAUCUACGUGGAUGAUGCAGACCAGACUGCUGCAAGAUCUAUGUUGGCUUCUUCCAAAGCACAGAGCACUGCUCCGGUAAAUCCGAGGAAGCGGAGGAGAUCGACCGUGACUAUGUCGAGGCCUAAUCUGGCAACUCUAAUUGAGCCACAGGUCGUGGGCAGCGAGUUUGUCUGCCAGAGCUUGAUCCUGGGACGACUUUACGAAGGGUGAUAGCUAUUUUCACAUUUUCAUCUAAAUACCAAUUUCAUUGAAAGUACCAUUGCUG